AUGGCCUCGUCUGCUCCCUCCUUCAUUCUUCCUCUGACCCCUGAUUGGUCUUUGGAGGAUUUUGACGAGUUUAUGGGUCAGCCCUUGUUUUCUGCCCCGACUUCUCAGUGUCUUUCCUCAGUUACCAUUUCAGGGCCAUGCAUGCCGCCCUCGCCGUUUCACCCCGCCAAGAGAAAUCACAACGCUUUUUUACUGGAGUCGCCAUCUUAUCAAUCUUCAGAGGCCCCUCGGUCUCCUCAACCAAAGAAAAAGACUGUGGCUGGUGACAUAAACUACAGCUGCCCAUACCGGAAGCGCAAUCCUGAGGUUUUUAAUGUGCGCGAUCACCCAACAUGCGCGACUGCGUCAUUUCCCAGCAUUACGAUGGUCAAACGACACAUCAUGUCCACGCACCUCCUGUCGAAAUGCACGGAGCAGUGUGAAAACUGCCACUCAUGGUUUGGAGAUGAAAAAGCCCUGAUGAUGCACCAUCGAAAUGGAAUUUGUCCUCGUCAUUUUAGCCCAUCUGCCAGGCAAUGCGACAUGGGCAUUGACCAAGAGAUGGAGGCCAAGCUUCGAGAUCGCCGGGCCAUUUACCAGGUCCUCACUUGGCGCGAUCUCUGGAUGACUAUCUUUCCGGGGUGUGGCGAAGUGCCGAGUCCUGCCUUCAGACCUGUUGUGGAGGGCACCGAAGCCCUCGAGUUUUUCUUUAGGAGUCUUUCCGGCCUUGACGGGCCGGGUAGAUAUCGCGCACAGGCAAUGAUGCCUCCGAGUUGCGACUGUGAUGACUUUGGAGAGGCUUUGCGAAGAGUGUACGGGUUCGUGGUCGAUGUGCAGAGGAGAUCGGGCAGGUUCCCUGAUUUUGGCGUUGAGACAACUUACAUUGGCGGCCGGGGCGGGUUCUAG